AUGAAGAAACACAUGAAUAAGUUGAUUUCUCUUUUUCAAACCAGGUUUGUACCAGGAAGAUUAAUUCAUGAAAAUAUCAUUAUUGCUAAGGAGGCCUUGCACACAAUGGAGAAAGUGAAGGGGAGAAAGGGAUACUUUGCCAUAAAAGUAGAUCUUUCCAAGGCCUGUGACAAACUGAGUUGGGAGUGCAUUUGGAAUGUGCUUCAAGAAAUUGAAAUUCCUAAUCAUAUGCUCAAUGUGAUAAUGCAUGUAGUUACUAGCAUGGAGACGAAUGUGAAUUGGAAUGGUGCUAGGAACACAUAUUUUCGACCUCAUAGGGGAAUUCGCUAA